GUGCUCGAUCGAGUACUGAGAGGCACGAGCUGGGCACGAGAUUGGCACGAGAUGCGCAGUCAAAGCGGACUUGCCGACGUAGCUGCCAAAAGCGGCAUCCGCGCCCAAGGCUUGCCGCACAGCCGUCGCCGAGAGCAACUCUCAAUGGGCACCGACUGAAAGUUCACCGACGACAACGACGACCAGCGACGACAACCAUCACUGGCCGUAUCUGUUCUACUCACCAUCUGCAUAUUCCCAAUACUCUACUUUCUGGCUAAUACUCCCUAGAAUUUCACCCCCCACCUUACAGCUGCGCUGGAUUUCCCAUGGCUGCUGCUGUCCUACCUAUUCCCCGUUCAUCGUCUCCUACUCAGCUAGAUGAUUCUCAGACACAAAGCGUUGCGUCCACCUCUGCCACCUCGUUCCUUACUGCCCCUCAGACCACUCAGAACUCGCGCCCGUCAUCAACUCGCUCGUCUUCUGCGCACACUAUUAGCCCCUCAUCACUACGGGAUUCGGACGUGUUGAACCCCAUUCAUGCUCUUGCAAUUGGCGCGGGCACCAAGAACCAACCGCAGGAGGUUCACAUAGUCAAAGUCACCGACAAUGUUGUCCAUCUUCAGUCGGGCCCCGUCCCAGAGAGUCUGCUGCACAAAGUCGGCAGCUCCCUCGUCCACGCAGUUUCCGAUCGUCAUCAAAUCCGCUCAGACAGUGCAGAUUCCAAUAUUGGCCCACCUCCACCAUCCCCACCAGCGAGCACAGACCAGGAGCUAGAGCAUGAUCUUAAAGUUCCUUCGUCGCCAACCGCACGUCCCGUCACUUUCGAAGACCCCGUACGGGAACGUCAGGCCUCCACCUCGUCCUCCCGACCCUUUCCAAAGUUCUCUUCGUCGUCUCGCGCACCGCCGCUCGUGCGGAGAGCGUCAGGAGAUACAAAGGCAUCUGUUCGCACCACUACCACCUCGACGAGUACAGCACAGAUGUACACCAACUCUGACAUGACAGGUACCUCUGACACACCGUUUACCGAUGAACCAGAUGGUUUGCUGCAUCCCCCGCCACAUAAGCCUUCUCGACGCAACACUGUUGGCUCCGCUGCCACCGCGCCUUUUCACAGACCUGCACGCAUGAUGACCGUCCACUCUCUUCCUCACGGGUCAGAACCGUCAGAGUUGGAAGGAGAAUUCGGCGGUCUCGCGUCAGAUAUCCAACAACAGGCUGAACAGAUACGAAGAGAACGACUAUCAAAGCGUGCCAAGGCGGCACUCGAGGCGGAAAAGGUGCAACGGGGUGUGGAGAAGGCGUUGACGAGGACGACGUCGAUUGUGAAGCGUGGAGAGCAGCCCUUGGUCGGCAACCUGAUCGGCGAAGAUCACGUCAACUAUGUGCUCAUGUACAAUAUGUUGACAGGUAUUCGCAUAGCGGUAUCGCGGUGUCAGGCCAAGAUUCGACGGCCCUUGACCGAAGACGAUUUUGCGGCAUGCCACAAGUAUUCUUUCGAUAUUGUUGGCAAUGAACUGACGCCGAGCGCGAAAUACGACUUCAAGUUCAAGGACUACGCGCCGUGGGUCUUCCGCGAACUGCGCGAAGAUUAUUUCCACGUAGAUCCUGCCGAUUAUCUUCUCUCGUUGACGGCGAAGUAUAUCCUGUCCGAGCUUGGGUCACCAGGCAAAUCAGGCUCGUUCUUCUAUUUCUCGCGCGACUACCGGUUCAUCAUCAAAACGAUCCAUCACUCCGAGCACAAAUUCUUACGAAAUAUCCUAAAAGACUAUCAUGCGCAUGUCAAGAACAACCCUCAUACCCUCAUCUCGCGGUUCUACGGCCUCCACCGUGUCAAGCUCCCUCGAGGUCGAAAGAUCCAUUUUGUGAUCAUGAAUAACCUUUUCCCACCGCACAAGGAUGUCCACGAGACAUACGAUCUCAAGGGGAGCACGGUUGGACGGGAGUACCCCGAGGAAAAGGCGGCUCAGAACCCGCGAGCAGUGCUGAAGGACCUGAACUGGAUCAAGCGAGGGAAGAGGCUGGAGUUGGGGCCGGAGAAGCGUGCGCUAUUGACAGAACAGCUGAGACGUGACUCGGAACUUCUGAAACACCUAAACGUCAUGGAUUACAGCUUGCUUGUCGGAAUCCACAACAUGGAAAGAGGGAAUCGCGAUAACGUUCGUAGCAGUACUCUCAAAGUGUUUUCGCCGGACAUGCCCAUGAUUCGUCGAAAACCGACUCAAGUAAAAGGUCCCUCGUCACCGGAAGCGAUAGCUAUGAGGCGUAUCAUGCGGGAGUCUGAUCCUCAACGUCUAGGCUCUGCUACCAUCAAGCUGCCUGACGAGGAUACCGGUGAACGACAACAUUUCCUGUUCUACCAAGACGAAGGGGGUUUGCGUGCUACCGACGAGGCUAAUAGCGAAAUGGACACUAUCUACUACCUCGGUGUCAUCGAUAUCCUCACGCCUUACACCUCGUUCAAGAAGGUUGAGCACUUUUGGAAGGGCCUGAAGGCUGAUCGCCACAAGAUCAGUCCCGUACCACCCGCAGAGUAUGCUGAACGAUUCUUCUCGUUCAUGAAAGCUAUCAUGCGUGGUGGAGAUGGUUACGCGCGGUUUAAAUCAGAAUGAGUUACUCGUUCAGUUCCCCCUGCUUAAGCAGUUACAUUCACAAUUUUUUUUUCGAACGGCUUAGACACCAAGCGGACUUUGUGCAUAGGUUUUGAUUUUCUUUACUUCAACGUGUACUUUUCGCUUACUUAUCUCUCAAUAUCUUAUUCACUGUUAUACCCCGGUCUUCGUCUUGUGCGACAUAGACUCAUCACACUCCUUUCGUUCGGAACCGCGCUAGACCAGCUGCGAAUAUCACGCUCCUUGCAUUCACUUUGGACCUUCUGUUUUCUUCGAUCUCUGCUAGUCCUGCUGUCUUUGUGUGUAGAAUACUUGCAUCGAAUCCUUAUCUAUCAGCAUCAAGGGGUCGUGUUUCUCUUGAGCGAGCUUC